AUGGCUCCGACUCGUGCUGUAACGCACCUAAAGGAGUCGGAACAUUCACCUCGGGUUCGUCAGGACGGCCAUGGUGCCGAAGUGGACAUGUGGGGUAUAGGUAGAUACCUGGAAAACAUGGCUUCUCGAGUAACCUGUCAGAUCGCAAAACCGGAUGCUGUCCAGGAAAUGGCGAGGAGGUGGAUGUCGGAUCUUACAAUCAGUGCAGCCACUGCACUCGACGAAGUAAAUGAUUUAGCUGCCAGCACUCCACAGAUGGUUCUUUUGCAGAAUCAUACCCCAUAUGUAGCGAGGGUAUCAAUAGAAUCCACAGCCGACAAG